GGUGUACUGUAUUGUACAGUACCUUACGUAUCGUACAUACCGAAUUACAGGCACCUCAACAUGGGAAGUCGCCUGACAUAUCAGGCCCAAACACUGGUUCGGAUGUGACCCCGCCAAAAGUUGCAACACCAAAGCAGCUCAGCCCCACCAUCUUCAACUCCCAACUCCCAAGCCGUCCGCUAGGUACUCCUUUGAUUCGAGUUUAAUCUCCCGCAGCAAAGUAGGGAACAAAGAUACAAUCCCGCGGUUCCGUUGAGAUCUCUCGAAAGUGCUUUAAGACUGCAAAAGGCGUCGCGUUUUUGUAAGGAACCCCUGUUCUCUAACUUCUCUUUAUUUUGCCCUCUUUGUAUGCCCUACACAGUAUAACCCGAACUGCAAUGCUCGAGUGGACAAUCUGGACCUAAUCCAUAUUCCCUUCGAAUUUCUAGCUCAACCAUCCAAAAAAUAAGCGAUUAUGGCGGACCUGGCCAGUCGCAUCUCCAAGCCCGCCGACGCGCCCGUCGAAGAGGCGUCCGCCAGCAACCACGGCACCAGUGCCCAAGCUGCAGAAGGAGGCAACGGCGGUCUCAUCGAAACGACAUAUGACGUCGAGGUGAAGCUCAGCGACCUCCAGAAUGACACAGAAAGUCCCUUGUACUCGGUCUCGUCCUUCGAAGAGCUUGGCCUUCCCAAGCCGAUCAAUGACGGUCUUCUGGCUAUGAACUUCAAGAAGCCCUCAAAGAUCCAAGAGAAGGCUCUGCCCCUGAUGAUCAGCAAUCCUCCGCGCAAUAUGAUUGCGCAGUCGCAGUCGGGCACUGGCAAGACCGCCGCAUUUGUCCUCACAGUCCUCUCGCGGGUCGACUUCACCAAGCCUACGCAGCCCCAGGCGCUACUUUUGGCACCCAGCCGCGAGCUUGCACGUCAGAUUCAGGGUGUCGUCCAGACGAUCGGUCAAUUCUGCGAGAAUCUGAUUGUGGAAGCUGCCGUUCCCGGCGCAAUUUCGCGCGAGACAGGUGUUAGGGCGAGCGUCGUGGCUGGAACUCCCGGCACCGUAAUGGAUCUUAUUCGACGUCGCCAGUUUGAUGUGACUCAGUUGAAGGUCCUGGUUAUCGACGAGGCCGACAAUAUGUUGGACCAGCAAGGUCUCGGCGACCAGUGCCUGCGGGUGAAAUCAUUGCUUCCCAAGACGAUUCAAAUUCUCCUGUUUUCGGCCACUUUUCCGGACAAGGUUAUGACCUACGCCCAAAAGUUCGCGCCAAAUGCCAACGAAAUCAAGCUUCGCCAUCAGGAGCUUACAGUCAAAGGCAUCUCUCAAAUGUACAUGGACUGCCCAGACGAGUCUCAAAAAUACGACAUUCUCUGCAAACUUUACGGUCUUAUGACCAUCGGAUCUUCGGUCAUCUUCGUCAAGACGAGAGAGAGUGCGAAUGAGAUCCAGCGGCGGAUGGAGGCGGAUGGACACAAGGUCUCGGCGCUGCACGGCGCGCACGAGGGUCAGAACCGGGACACCCUCCUCGAUGAGUUCAGGACCGGAAAGACCAAGGUUCUCAUCACCACCAACGUCUUGGCGCGCGGCAUAGACGUGUCUAGCGUGUCCAUGGUGAUCAAUUACGAUAUUCCGAUGAAAGGCUUUGGGGAUAGGGAGCCGGAUCCCGAGACGUACCUUCACCGUAUUGGCCGCACCGGCCGCUUCGGGCGUGUUGGAGUCAGCAUCAGCUUCGUCUACGACCGCAAGAGCUUCGAAGCGUUAUCGCAGAUUGCGGAGUUUUACGGCAUCGACUUGAUUCAGCUGAGUCCGGAUAAUUGGGAUGAGACGGAGAGGAAGGUGCAGGAUGUCAUCAAAUCGAGCAGAGCGCGGCCUGAUUACGCACCUAAUCCGCUCGACACAAGUAAAGCAUGAUGUCUCUGGAAGGAAGAGUUAGGAAAUACUCGGCACUUCACUUAACCCCAGAUCGCCGUCGGGCCCGUUCUGCCCUGUUGAAGACAUAGCAGGCGAUUCUGGAACAUUUUCUUCGGAUGGCGGAAAGGAUUUGUUGGCAACCCAUGAGACUGGAAAGGAGAAUUCACGAUAUGGAAUGAAGCUUUCGAGGGGCCAAGAUUCAUGUUUACUUGUAAUGAAUCAUGGGAACACUGUAUAGAUACCAAAAGGCAGGGAAAUAGGUAUUUGCCCGGGCAAGGCCGGGUCUGAUCAUGGCGAAAUCGGACGUCAGGGACUUUAGGACUCUGGCGCAAUGUCCGGAUCCUUUAAGCGGUUGCUGGGCCGUACUCUGCGCAAUCAACCUGUCACAACCUGAAUGUAUCACAAACGUAG